GGCUGAGGCGGCUGUGUGAGGCGAGGCGAGGCGGCGUUUCCUCCCCACCGAAGCGGGGAGGAGGGCGGGUGGCCGUCGCGGUGGCGGUGCUGCCCCUCGCCGGCACGAAGCCAAGGGACGAAGAAGAGAGAGAGAGAGAGAAAAAAAGAGAGAGAGAGACCCGCGGCCGAGCGAUGCGGCGGUCCCUCAGGGUGCUUUUGAAGACAUGGCAUGACACCGCAUGGAUGCUGCAUCCGUUCUCAACUGUUGCUGUGGAAUAAAACUCCUGUGACUGUGAUUGUGAAUGGCUGUGGAUGUGGGUCCUGCUGGCUGGGAACGCACUGUCGCCAUGAUCUCUUAUCUAACCUUAUUAAAGAUGGAUUGCAGUUACUGAUGGGAAGAAGUCCAAUAUGAGUGGAAAUGAUACCGGAGGAAGAAGACGCUUUGAAGACACAGAGCACACACUACAUAUCUACCCUGGGAACAUUGCCGAAGGGACCAUUUAUUGUCCUGUUAUUGCACGGAAAACAUCUACUGCUGCUGAGGUGAUAGACUCCCUGAUUAAUAAACUGCAACUGGACAAAACAAAAUGCUACGUCUUGGCCGAAGUGAAGGAAUUUGGUGGGGAGGAAUGGAUCCUCAACCCCACCGACUGCCCUGUCCAACGCAUGAUGCUCUGGCCGCGGAUGGCCCUGGAGAACCGCUUGAGCGGAGAGGACUAUCGUUUUCUUCUAAGAGAAAAGAACCUGGAUGGAUCGAUCCAUUACGCCAGUCUCCAGUCCUGGUUGCAGGUCACCGAAGAACGGCGCAGGAUGAUGGAACGUGGCUUCCUUCCCCAACCACAGUACAAGGAUUACGAUGAUUUAUGUGCUUUGCCAGAUCUGAACGAGAGGACCCUCUUGGAAAACCUUAGAAACCGCUUUAAGCAAGAAAAAAUCUACACCUAUGUUGGAAGCAUUUUAAUAGUCAUUAACCCGUUCAAAUUCCUUCCCAUUUAUAACCCUAAAUAUGUCAAGAUGUACGAUAAUCAUCAGCUGGGUAAGCUGGAGCCCCAUAUCUACGCAGUGGCUGACGUCGCGUAUCAUGCCAUGCUACUGCGUCGGAAGAACCAGUGUAUAGUCAUUUCUGGAGAAAGCGGGUCUGGCAAAACCCAGAGCACAAAUUUCUUGAUUCAUCACCUCACUGCACUAAGCCAAAAGGGAUUCGCAAGUGGAGUAGAACAAAUCAUUCUUGGAGCUGGACCAGUGCUGGAGGCCUUUGGGAAUGCCAAGACAGCACACAACAACAAUUCAAGUCGCUUUGGCAAAUUUAUUCAAGUAAAUUAUCAGGAGACUGGCACUGUGCGUGGAGCUUAUGUUGAAAAGUAUCUACUAGAAAAGUCCAGACUAGUCUAUCAGGAACAUAAUGAGAGGAACUACCAUGUAUUUUAUUACCUGCUGGCAGGAGCAAGCGAAGAAGAGAAAUCUGCUUUUCACCUUAAACAGCCUGAUGAGUAUCACUACCUUAAUCAGAUGACAAAGAAACCCCCUAAACACAGCUGGGAUGACUGUUACUAUGACUCUGAGCCGGAUUGCUUCUCUGUUGAAGGUGAAGACUUGAAGCAUGAUUUUGAACGUUUGCAGCUAGCUAUGGAGAUGGUGGGCUUUCUUCCCAAGACCCGCAGGCAAAUAUUUUCCCUUCUGUCAGCAAUACUACACUUGGGUAACAUCUGUUACAAGAAGAAAACCUACCGAGAUGAUUCCAUAGAUAUCUGUAAUCCAGAAGUCUUGCCUAUUGUCUCAGAGUUACUUGAGGUGAAAGAAGAAAUGUUGCUUGAAGCGCUGAUUACAAGAAAAACAGUGACUGUAGGAGAAAAGCUUGUAUUACCAUACAAACUGGCAGAGGCUAUAACAGUACGGAAUUCCAUGGCCAAAUCAUUGUACAGCGCACUGUUUGAUUGGAUCGUUUUUAGAAUUAACCAUGCACUUUUGAAUACCAAGGACUUAGAAGAAAGCACCAAGACUUUGUCCAUUGGAGUACUUGAUAUUUUUGGUUUUGAAGAUUAUGAAAGUAAUAGCUUUGAACAAUUUUGCAUUAAUUUUGCAAAUGAACGUUUACAGCACUAUUUUAACCAACAUAUCUUUAAACUGGAGCAAGAGGAAUACAGACUGGAAGGCAUCAGCUGGCAUAACAUAGACUAUAUCGACAACUCUGGCUGUAUAAACCUCAUCAGUAAAAAGCCCACAGGGUUGCUCCAUCUACUGGAUGAAGAAAGCAAUUUUCCACAAGCAACCAAUCAGACGUUACUAGACAAGUUUAAGCGUCAGCAUGAAGGGAAUCUCUACAUAGAAUUUCCUGCUGUAAUGGAACCUGCUUUUAUCAUAAAACACUAUGCCGGGAAAGUUAAAUAUGGUGUGAAGGACUUCCGGGAGAAAAAUACAGAUCAUAUGCGACCUGACAUUGUUGCCCUCCUUAGGAGCAGCAAGAGUGCCUUUAUCUGUGGAAUGAUAGGGAUUGAUCCCGUUUCGGUGUUUCGCUGGGCUGUCCUCAGAGCGUUCUUCAGAGCUGUGGUUGCCUUUAGAGCUGCUGGGCAGAAGUACAUUGAGAAGAAAACUGGUUGUGCCUUGAUAGCUAAAGGGCAUGAUGAUGCUGUUUUGAAAAAUGUGGAUAGUUUUAGCUUUCUCCAUCACCCAGUUCAUCAGAGGAGCUUAGAGAUUCUACAGAGAUGCAAGGAGGAGAAGUACAGUAUUGCUCGGAAACGGCCGAGAACACCCCUUUCCGACCUGCAGGGAGUUAACACAAUUAACGAGAAAAGCCAGCGCGAUGCCUACGGCGUGUGGAAUAGCAGGAUGGGCCUCAGACAGAGCCGACUCUCCAGCCCCAGCAGUUUCCUUGACAAAGACGGGAUAUUUGUGAAUUCGACUAGCAGCAAGCUUUUGGAGCGUGCCCACGGCAUUCUCAUGCGAAACAAGAACUUUAAAGUCAAGCCCAGCCUACCAAAGCACUUGCUGGAGGUGAAAUCCCUCAAGCACCUGACAAAUCUGACUCUGCACGACCGUAUCACAAAGUCUCUUCUCCAUCUUCACAAGAAGAAGAAACCUCCGAGCAUCAGUGCCCAGUUCCAGGCUUCACUUACCAAGUUGAUGGAGACUCUUGGACAGGCAGAACCCUAUUUUGUCAAAUGCAUCCGCUCUAACGCUGAGAAGCUCCCCUUGAGGUUCAAUGAUAACUUGGUGCUUAGACAGCUGCGAUACACAGGAAUGCUAGAGACAGUACGCAUCCGACAGUCAGGAUAUAGCUGUAAAUAUUCUUUCCAGGAUUUUGUAGACCACUUCCAUGUACUUCUCCCACGAGGCACUGUCCCAUCUAAGCAGAAUAUUGAAGGCUUCUUCAAAAAGACAAAGACCAACGCAGAUAGUUUCCAAGUCGGGCGAACCAUGGUGUUCAUGAAGGAACAGGGACGACAGCUUUUACAAGGACUGUUGCACGAGGAGGUCUUGCAAAGGAUUAUCUUAUUACAGAGCUGGUUCCGGACAAUGCUGUACAGGAGACACUUCCUGAGCAUGAGGCAGGCUGCUGUCGUCAUACAGCAUUGUUGGCGUCAUUAUCAGAGAAGGAAGGAAGCUGAAAUGGAGGAAGAAUCCCUGAACCAUUCAGCCUUUUUAGAGCGAGCUGCUGUGGUCCUUCAGGCGUCCUGGCGAGGUUACAUGGCCCGGCGAAGUUUCCAGCAGAUGCGGAUUGCAGGUUUCAUUAUCCAGAGCUCUUGGCGGGACUGCUUAAGACGUAGGCAUGCUGCGGCAACCUCUAUCCAGGCGCACUGGCGGAGCUACCGCACAAGGACUCUCUACAGAGCCAAGAGAAACAAAAUCAUUUUGUUGCAAGCAGCCUACAGAGGCUACAAAGCACGGCAGAGGUUUACCACAUUAAGAGAGCAGCAAUUGAGUGAAGCAUCACUAAAGAAUCGACUAACAAGUAAAGAUGAUAAAUUAAUACUAGGGUAUAACUCAGGUAUUAAGGAUUCAGACCCUUCUGAAUGGGAAGAGAAUUCAUUGGAAAACAGAGUGAAAGCCAUAGAAGGCUACACAUCGGUUACGGACAAUAGAAUUGAUCCAUCAAAUUCCUUGCACAAACACCAUGAGAGGGCCAACAGCCAGAGCGGAAUGAGCAUGGAAGAGGAAGUUCUUGUCAGAGAAAGACCAAAGUCCCUGGAAGAUCUCAACCAAAAAAAAGGAGUUCGUGCAAAGCGAGAGAGCCGGCGGAUGCGCGAACUGGAACAAGCCAUUUUUAGCUUGGAGUUGCUAAAGGUUCGAUCCAGUAGCGGAACUUCUCCAUCAGAGGAGCACCAGUUGUCCCCUGACUUCGCUUCUGAAGGGAUGCCAUCUCCUCGAAGAACUCCAGAGAGUAAAAGCUCUCGCGGAAGUCUAGAGAACCUAAGCCGGGACCCCCUCUCGUCUCUGGAUCACAAUGUACAUCCCACAGAAUCACUACAUGAUAGUCCGAAAUUUGAUGAUGAUUAUGAUGAUGAUGAUGAAGAAGAAGACAUCUCCAAAUUUGCUGCUGCUACUAUAAAUAAAACUAUGACAGAGAGAAAGAGGUCAAUCUCAAGUUCUGAAUUACUUGACUGUCUUGCUGUUAAAGAGCGGCCGUCAGUUUGUGACUCUUACGACGUCUCCAAUAAGCAUACAAGAGAAUCAUUAAUUUCUUGUAGUUUGCCUACAUUUUAUCUUCCACCACAGGACAAGUUGAAAGUUGGCCAUUCAGUGAGGGACAAUAAUCUAAGAAACAAACAAAUGGAAAUGGGGAGCAAUUUUUUUUUCUCAGACACCAAAAAAAAUCCUCAACUGGAAAGGACCACACAAAACACAGCCUUACAUGACAAUGGUCAAAUGUCCAGCAGUGGAGAAUUCCCAGCUGUUACAGCUACAGAAGUGCAUCUCUCGGAUACGGUUAUCGAAAAGUUGGAGAAGUUAAAUGUUGAGAAAGAAGAACGCCGGAAACGAAAACAGAUGCAGAACGAAAAAGAGAUGAUGGAGCAAAUACGACAGCAGACAGAAAUUUUGGAGAAGCAGCAUAAAGUUUUUGAAGAGCUUCAGAGACAAGAGAAUGAACAGAAUAGGAUUCGGGACUCUUGCCAUGGAACCCCUCUCACCUCACCAAAGAAAAUGGACAGAGGUCCACCUCUAUUCAUCACCCAUCCUCAAGUCAAGGGAGAUCUAAGACUUGCAACAAAGACAGAAGCCACCUCAUCGGUGGUCCUUAAAUCUCCUACUGGCCCCAAAAAAGGAAGUCCCCCUAUUUGCCAGACGGUCCUGAAGGAAAAAAUCCCAGAGAAAAUGGAAAGCCAGACUCCAGUCAUCCUGGAAUCUGUUGGAACAGAUUGGUUGAAUUUGCAAAUGGGUACUGAGUCUCGGGAAAGUGUCAGCAAUCUACCUGCGAGGGAAAAACGGUUCAGACUGCCUCGAAUUCCUAGCCAGGGCAAGGAAAGCUCUUCUAAGCAAACUAGAGUUGGUUCCAUUUUUUUUACACCAAAGGAUGCUCAUUUGGGCAAUACUUUGAAUAAAGGAUCUUCAGCACCUCCGCUUCUUCCAAAAGAAGAACAGAAAAAGCCACUGAAACUUCCCAGAACAACAGAUAGAGGAGAGCAGGUUGCUCGACCAGUCCAUAGAAAGAAAGCCCGCAUGGCACGGACACGCUCCAAUUUCUUGACUAGAGGUGCUUUUGCUGAUUGGGAGGGGGAUACAGAGGAAGAGGAUUGUGAUGACAAUCUUGAAUUCCUUCUCUCCUUUGAGCAUCCACCUCACCUUGAGCCAGGUUGUGCAGUCAGGCUCGGGCAGCCCUGUCAUAGUGACUCUGAAAUGAUGUUACAACGUUCUGCAUCCAAUGAAGGCCAAGCAAAGCUUCACAAAACAAUGUCUCAAGGAGAGAUUGGAAUGCUGCCAGUUGCCCAGAAGAUCAUAUCCGUGGACAGAAGACCUCAAAGAGCCAAGAUGAGAUUUUGGGGGAAAGGAAGGCAGGGGGAGAAGAAGAUAAGCAGGGAGAAGCUUGCUACCCAGUCAGAGCUGCUGGAACUGUAUCCUGACCAAGAUGCACCAGGAAGAGACAUGAUUCCGGGACUCCAGCUUGAAGAAGAGCUGAGUCCUCCAAGGAGUCCCGAACUGUCGGGCAUCUAUCGAAGGGAAUGUAAAGAAAACAAAGAGCCAUCUCCAAAGGUCAAGCGAAAACGCAGCCUGAAAAUCAGCAACGUAACUAUGGAACCUGCACAAUGGCAGAACGACGCUCUUCAGAUCAUAACAAGUGCCGGUGACUUGAAAAGCAUGGACGAGUUCCUCUUGAAAAAGAUGAAUGAUUUGGAUAGCGAAGAUUGUAAGAAGGACACUCUUGUGGACGUGGUAUUUAAAAAAGCUUUGAAAGAAUUCCGGCAAAAUAUCUUCAGUUUCUACUCUUCUGCUUUGGCAAUGGGCGAUGGGAAGAGCAUCCGCUACAAGGAUCUCUAUGCGCUGUUUGAGCAGAUUCUAGAGAAAACCAUGAAACUCGAACAGAGGAACUGGAGUGAAUCCCCCGUACGGGUCUGGGUCAAUACAUUUAAGGUGUUUCUGGAUGAAUACAUGACGGAAUAUAUGCCUUUGGAUUAUUCUGCUGCAAAGGUGACAAAAACAGAAAGGAAGAAGAGACGAAAGAAGGAAACAGACAUAGUAGAAGAACAUAAUGGCCACAUUUUUAAGGCUACUCAAUAUAGCAUCCCUACCUACUGUGAAUUCUGUUCCUCCUUGAUAUGGAUCAUGGACAGGGCCGCUGUUUGCAAAUUGUGCAAAUACGCUUGCCACCGAAAGUGCUGCCAGAAGACCACAACAAAAUGCUCCAAAAAGUAUGACCCAGAGCUUUCUUCACGCCAGUUUGGAGUCGAACUCUCUCGCCUGACCAGCGAAGAACGGAUUGUGCCAAUAGUGUUUGAGAAGCUCACCAGCUACAUAGAAAUGCAUGCUUUGUAUACAGAGGGCAUUUACCGGAAAUCUGGAUCAACAAAUAAGAUCAAAGAGUUACGGCAGGGUCUUGACACAGAUAUCGAACGAGUGAAUCUCGAUGACUACAACAUCCAUGUCAUUGCCAGUGUGUUCAAGCAAUGGCUGAGGGACUUGCCUAAUCCUCUCAUGACAUUUGAACUCUAUGAAGAAUUUUUGCGAGCCAUGGGUUUGCAGGAGAGGAAAGAGGCCAUCCGUGGUGUCUACUCAGUCAUUGAUCAGCUUUCCCGAACUCAUCUUAAUACCUUGGAACGUCUGAUCUUUCACCUUGUCAGGAUUGCUCUACAAGAAGAAACGAAUCGAAUGUCAGCUAAUGCUCUGGCCAUUGUCUUUGCUCCCUGUAUCCUCCGUUGUCCAGACACCACUGACCCUUUGCAGAGCGCUCAGGAUGUCAGUAAAACCAUCAGUUGCGUAGAGUUGGUUGUUAUAGAACAGAUGAACAAAUACCGGGCCCGUCUCAAGGAUAUCAGCAGCCUGGAGUUUGCAGAGAACAAAGCAAAGAGCCGACUGUCCUUGAUCCGCAGGUCCAUGAAGCCUGUACUAAUUGCCGUUAGAUUUAUGAGCAUAACCCGCAGUUCGAUCCCGGGCAAAGGGCGUCUACGCCGAGGCACCUACUCAAGCCCUACAUCCCCAGCGGGAGUCCGGUUGCCCUCUAUGGCGGAUGCUCCCGAAGAGGCCCUGAGCAGCGAGGAGGCCAUGGAGAUGGAGGUCACUGAACAGCAACAAGUAGCCAUGCAACAGGAAGAGAAGGUGCUGGCAGAGCAAAUCGAAAGCCUGCAGAAAGAGAAGGAAGAACUAACUUUUGAGAUGCUGGCACUGGAGCCCAGAGCCUCUGAUGAUGAAACAUUAGAGUCUGAGGCUUCGAUUGGCACUGCCGACAGUUCUGAAAACUUGAAUUUUGAUUCCGAAGGAGCUAUUUCGGACAAAUCAGGCAGAAGUUUAGCCUUCAACCCGGCAAGACCCGGCAAGGCAGACCCGGUCAGUACCUCUCGGUCCCGAAGGCAACUGCGCAAGCAGCAGGAGUCUGUGGACUCAGUGGACUCCUUGGUUUCUUCUCCAUCCCUCUCGCCUUCUUCCUCUUCAUCCUGCCUGCCUCACGUGACAAGGAAACGAUUCCAAAUCUAUUCCAAAUCGCCUUUUUAUCGAGCGGCUCCCUCUGGGGACGCUGGGGCACCGGAGCGAUCGCCAGGACACACCAAGGUCCUGGACGACAGGCCACAGUUCACCACUCGAGGGACGUUCAAUCCGGAGAAAGGCAAGCAGAAACUGAAGAAUGUGAAAAUCUCCUCCCCUAAAGCCAAAGAACUCCCAGAGGGGUCUGCUGGGACAGGCCGGAAGCGCCACCCCGAGGCUGCUGAUUACAUGACCCCUCAGCAACUGGUGCUUCUAGGAAAUAACGAGUUCAUGGUAUGAGUCGGCAAGCAUCUCCUCCGUCGCAUCUUCCCUCCACUUCAGUGCCAUCUGCUGCCACUCCAUUGUAGGACAACUGCUGUCCCCCAAGUCAGCAUCUCCUCCCUAUUCGUUGCUUGGAAUCCUAGCAUCGCGUUGCCAGUGGAGAAGCAGGGAGCCUCCCUCUUCCAUCUAGAACGAGCGGAGGAAAGUUCAGCUGUGGCCUUAGUUGACUUUAGCCUUUUGGAACUCGGCGAGUCAGGCUGGGAAUUUGCAGUGAAAUUUGCAGCAGAGCUGGAGGGAAUGAUGGCCGGUGAACCAGGUUUGGCGUUCCCCCUUUUUAAUGGGCCAGGGAAUGUAUGCCAGCCAGCCAGCUGAGAACAUCAGGAAGGCAGCCGGAGUUCAAGAGAGGUUUUCUUGAUCCUGAGGGUCAAAGCUCUUGACUUUGGGGUUAGGUUUUUGCACUGGGAUUGAGAAGCAAUGAACUUCCUAGAAGAAACGAGACAGCAAGAAAGGAGACUGAGGCCUUUGUUCAGGGCUGUUUAUAAUGCACUCCAUGGCAUUGUCAGAUGUGGUGGGAAAUGCUCAUUUUCACUCAAGCACUUCUUAGAUACAUCAGGUGCACCUCCGUUGUGAACAAGAGUUAUUUAUCUAAUCUAGUUUUUCUUGGUUUAAACUUUUGGGUUGAUGGUGUCAGAAUAACCAAUGCCAGUUUGAUUCCAGGUAUGUCAAAGCCAAAUAUUUGUGCCGAAUUUCCAGUAGCCAUAAUCACAGCAUAGGUCCUGUCCCUUGGGGCAGAAAAUCCGACUCGUUUAAGAUAAGACUAAAAGAAAGUAUUAGGGAACAGAACCGUUUACUUUUCUGACUGUGUCUCUGGCUCAAUUCCAUGCUGGUAGCUGAGCAAGCUCUUUUAAGUUUCUUGACCGGCUGAGAAAACGCCACUCAAGCAAAACACAAGCAUAAGGAAGGCUGCUGUUGAAAUCAGUCAGUUUAACACAUGAUUUAACGUCGCUUUCUUUGCUACGCAUCAGUAUUAAACCAUGGCGCAAUUUUAUUUUAUUAUUUUUUUAAAGUGAGAGACUACUUGAAGCUCUUUUGUUAGUAUUAUGGUUACUGAAGUUCAAUGUAAAUAUAACUUUUUAUGUUUGUUUUCUUUUUCCACAAUGUGGGACUUUAUUAAUGUGGGACAUUUAAGCCAGAAAAGUAUAAGGAGGAGGAGGAGGAGCAGACAUGAGUUACUAGAAGUAAUUCUGGGAUCUUUUCAGUGUGGAACAAUAAACAGUCGCCGUGUUUUGCACCGGUAUGACAAUAGAUCAUUCCACCUGUACGUUGUGAAAAAAAUUGCUAUAUUACAAAUAUAGAAGAAGAAGGGCCCCUCCUUGAGGACAACAGAGGGGUCUAUUUAAAAGUCUUUGGGAAGCCCCAUUUUUCAGUUAAACCCAUCGCUGAUUUGUUUUGAUUGUACGGCAGAAAAGUUAAGACUGCGAAGCCCACCGCUUUUUUUAUACUUGUCGAAAAGGACAGCAUGUUGUGAUCACCUGCAGAAACCUGAGAUCAUUGGUCCUCUUUACAAACCCCGCACACCUGUAUUAUCUGAAGGACAAGCUGAUCCUGAUAUAUUUCUCAUUUCCUACCCAAGAGCUUUGACCAACUGAGUGUUGCAGCGGUGAAUGGUUUAAAACCACCGCCCCCUCCUCUUUAAAAGUAUAGAAGGAAGCUACAAAUCGAUCCCGGAGCCUUUUAAGUCUGCUGAAUCACAGUUGCGUCUCUCAAAAACUGACUUAGUUUUUAAUCUGGCACCAUGUAAAGCUAGAGCUCUUGACCUCGUAAAUAUAUAAGACAGGCAGUGUUGUAACCCGUCAAACGUUGUUUUAAACAUCCAAGUUGAAUAAGUCAGAAUUGGCACUCUGACUUAAUGGCAAUGUCACUCUCAUUAAGAAAUCCCCAUAUUUAUAACAGUUCGUGUUACUAUAAAGAGGCCUUAUUUGAGAUUUCAAACGGUUCUUUCAAUGACCGAAGAUGGCGUUUGCUAGGUUGAUCCAGUUUUGUUCAGCUGUUGACCGAAGAAUCUCUUUGUGUUUUUCCUACUUCAGAAAGGCAAAACUUUCCCCUUCAAACCUGAUGUUGGAUUCCUGUUUGCUCUUGAGGUUUGGGUAUUGAGUUUGUUGGUUUUCUGAGCAAAGUAGAUGUUCCUGAUGGACAGUUUGCGGAGAGAAUGUCCAAUGUAUGAGUUCCAUUUUCAGGGUUUAGGGGGAUUUUGUAUACGUGAGGAAUUUUACGCCCACCUCUUGAAAUUUUGCAAACCUGGUGGAGAUUAUCUUUUUCUUAUUUUUCCUUGGAGUCUUAGAACCUGCAGUGAUGCACCCAGUAGCUUUAGCCUCUAGUUCAAUGUUUCUCAACCUCAGGAAGUUUUAAGAUGUGUGGACCAAUUCCCAGAAUGAAGGGAAUUCUGGGAAUUAAAGUCCACACAUCUUAAAACUUCCUGAGGCUGAGAAACAUUUCUGUGAUCCCUGCAAGUUGGGUUUUCUGCGCAGGGGAUAGUGUAAUUCCAAGGAGCUCUAAUAAACUAGAAAAGGAACUGUCAAGAUUUUGGUAAGCAGGAGAUUGUUAAGUGAAUGGAUCCUAAAGCUGCCUCUUUACCGAAAAGCACCUCCUCUCCACCCACCCCCCCCCCCACACUCCAAUCCCUCCCCACAUAUAUCACAUUUACCAUGCAAGCCUUACUCUUCCUCCAAGUAUGUGCACCAAGACCUUUUCCUGCCUUCCCUUACCACCACCACCCCGGAUUCUUCCUCCCUCCACCCUCAGUUGAUUUUUGUGCUGAGAAAUUCCAGGCUUUGCCUCCGAUCCUGGGGGCUAAUUUCCCCCCCUUUUCUUCCAGCGUAAAGCUCUGUCCUUAGGAUUGGUCUGGGGAGCAUUGGAGGGGAGCGGUCGAUAUCCAAGAGAGACUUUUGUUUGAACUUUUUCUGAAUUUCAGGCAGCAAGAAAUCCCUGCCUGGGUUUCUAUCUGCUUGCUGUCUUCCAGUUUUCCGUCUUUUCUUAGCAUCUCCACCCUAGAACCACCUUGUAAAGUUCAUGGACCAGCUCUGUUCCCACCCAAGAUAUUAAAGUGAAUGUACUCCCCACUAGGAAGGACAUUGGCUGCAUAUAAUUAUUUUUAACGGAAAUUUUUAAAAGUAAUUUAUAAGUAUACUGAGUGUACAGUUUAAAAGCAGACUAUGUAUUGUAAAAGGAUAUACUUGUCCUGUGUCAUAUUCUAUAAAUUUUACCUGUGAGAAGAAGAAUUCUAUAAAUGCUUUAUUUUGCUCACGGAGCUGGAUGAUGUGCAGUUAACCUGGGUCAGCCAGCACGCUUGUUAAUUUCCACGUCUGAAAGGUUUUAUUUUCCCUUUGUUAAUGUUAUUUUAUUACUUUUUUUUUUCCUGAAACAAGGCCGUCAUAUUUGAAGUGCAAUUUGUGUAAUAUUUCAUAAAUACAACACUAUUCUAUGGCUGUACAAAAACAACUUUAUGAACAAAUAACAACCUCCCCCCCCCCCAGCUUAUUAAAGAACAAAAGAAUGGAAAAUAAAGUGAUAGUGGCA